AUGACUAAUCGGCAAUAUCAACAACAGCCUGGUGGACGUGAUCAAUAUUUAGAUAAUUGUUUUUUAUUAUGUAUUAAUAGGGACAAUGAACGUGAUAUACCGCAAGUAAUGCAACUCGAAGGAAGUGUUAUGCGGGAUCUGUGUUCAGGUGUUAGUGGAAGGGGCGGACUAACGGUACAACGGAGUCAAAGACAACAAGACAAUGAACAAGAUUAUGAUGAUAUAUCACCAUUAAGACAACACGAUUAUUCAACAACAACAGAUCAAUCAAAACAAAAAAGUUGGCAAGAUAGAGUUAGUAAUCGUGGAUAUAGUGAUCGAAGCAGAGAUCGUGAUUAUGAUGAACGUGAUGGAGUUCUCAGUGAUAGAGAUCGAGAUCGUGGAUAUAGCGGUCGAGAGCGAGCCCACGGUCAUGAUGACCGAGAUAAAGAACAUGAUUAUUAUACACCAAAUCAGUAUUCAAGAAGAGGAAUAACGCCACAACAGCAGCAAGGUCGCCAACGUUCAGGAAAAAGUGAUGAUGAACUAUCGAUCUACGAAGUGUAUAUUCCAACCGACACACUUCAACGUUUAUCCGAUCGACGAUCAGAUCAAGUUAUUAUUGAUUUUGAAAAUGGUCAAUCAAGAUCGUUGAUGAAUCAAAGCGAGCGUGGUGAUGAAUAUCAGUCGGAACAACAACAAGGUUCCAACCAACGCCACGACUUGCAUACACCAUAUUCCGGUCCGUUUUUUCCUGCAGAUCAACAGCAACCUACUUUUCAUCCCAGUCAUCAGAACGCAGUUAACGUUCGACGUCAUGUAAUACCACAAAAUAGUAUUCCACAGAACUUAAUGGAAGCCCAGUUAGCCAUGUAUGCACAAAAUAAAGCGCAAAUCGAUGCAGUAUCAGAGCAAGGUCAACCUGCUGCCGUGCAACAACAAACAUCGGUUCAGCCAUCUUCGACUAUCCAUCAAUCAAUAUCACGCCAACCGCAACAAUCAAGUCCAUUUGGAAUGAUCAAUCAAGGUCUGCGAGAUAUUUCGCAAGGAGUAUCAACCGCUGGUCAAACAAUGCAACAGAUACCAUCAUCUUCUAUGACAUUUAUUCACCCAACGCCCGAGCCACCACGAUUAAAUACACCCGUGCAGCAGUCGCCGCCGCGUCAUCAUACAUCAAUACCAGCGGUUACAGUAGAAGUAGAGGAAAGUGUUGCAGAAGGCGAAGGCACGGAAGACGGUGAAACAAGUAGUAAACAAAGUAAAUCGAAAAAAAUCGAUAAACAUGGUACUACAAAUAAAUUGGAAAGUACAAAAGCUGAUAAACACAGUGGUCAUUCGUCGAAAGAUAAAAUGGCAGGUGGUAAUAGCAAAGACAAAAGAGAUAUCAGCGGAAAAAAAGAUAAAAAAGACAAGAAUUCGAAAGGAGGAAAAAGCGGUGGUAAAGAUGAUAAAAAAUCAAAAUCGGGUAAAAAGAAAAAGAAAUAA